AUAGGCCGCCAAGUUGGCUGAGGUGGGGCCGAGCAGCUACGUGUGCCGGCAAGCUUCGCCCCCUAUCCAGCGGCUUGGGCUUGGAAAGGCGCUUGGAGAAGCCGACGCGGCGGGGGCGUUGGACCGCCUCCUGCCCCACGCCCCUCGGGUCCCUUUGGAAGGGAAAUCUGGACCCGGCGCGCAGCAGCCUCGGCUUCGGAUGUUAAUAAGGACAGGAAGAAUCGACAGCGCCUCAAGAAAAUCCACUGGAGAUGGUUUCAAGAUGUAGAAUCCUUCUGUGUGCUCUGUCCUCAGUGAAGCUGGAAUCUGUGUGUUGAAACUGCUUCAUGUUCUGGACGUGAAGUGUGCUAUGAGAAAGUUGAAUCAUGAGCUGUGUGCAGUGCUGAAAUGUCCAGUGGCUUUUUAAACAGAGAAGCCUGCACUGGGAUCAUGAAAAGAGGCUCAGAGAAGAACCUCAAACGUGGAUACCACCAGCAUGAGCAGCCCAACAGUCCAGCCUGGUGAAGAGAAAAAAACAGGAUGCAGCUUUCAAGGUUUCUUUCAAGCUAUUGGCUUGUGGAACUCUGAGAGAUGCUGCCAGCUAUGAUAUGUUGGAAUGAUCGUGAUCAGCUAUCCAGUUUAGAUUUCACCCAGUGGCCAAGAUCUUUGCAUAGCAGACAGCAAGGGUUGGAUUUUGAAAAAGAGUAAACGAGACCCUUGACCAAGGUGUAGACUAAGAAGUGGAGUCAUGCUUCACACGGCUGCGUCAUGCUGGCAGCCAUUCCUGGGUCUGGCUGUGGUGUUCAUCUUCAUGGGAUCCACCAUUGGCUGCCCUGCUCGCUGUGAGUGCUCUGCCCAGAACAAAUCUGUCAGCUGCCAUAGAAGACGGAUGAUGGCCAUCCCAGAGGGCAUUCCCAUUGAGACCAAAAUCCUGGACCUCAGUAAAAACAGGCUCAAAAGUGUCAACCCUGAGGAAUUCAUUUCGUAUCCUCUACUGGAGGAGAUAGACCUGAGUGACAACAUUAUCGCCAAUGUGGAACCGGGUGCAUUUAACAGCCUUUUCAACCUGCGGUCCCUUCGUCUGAAAGGCAAUCGCCUGAAGUUGGUUCCUCUAGGGGUAUUCACGGGGCUGUCCAACCUCACCAAGCUCGACAUUAGUGAGAAUAAAAUUGUCAUUUUACUGGACUACAUGUUCCAGGAUCUUCACAACCUGAAGUCUCUAGAAGUGGGGGACAAUGAUUUGGUUUACAUAUCACACAGGGCCUUCAGCGGGCUACUUAGCUUGGAGCGGCUCACCUUGGAGAAAUGCAACUUAACAGCAGUACCAACAGAAGCCCUCUCCCACCUCCGCAGCCUCAUCAGCCUGCAUUUGAAGCAUCUCAAUAUCAACACUAUGCCCGUGUAUGCCUUUAAAAGAUUAUUCCACCUGAAACAUCUGGAGAUUGACUAUUGGCCCUUACUUGAUAUGAUGCCUGCCAAUAGCCUCUAUGGUCUCAACCUCACAUCCCUUUCAAUCACCAACACCAACUUGUCUACUGUGCCCUUCCUUGCCUUUAAGCACCUGGUAUACCUGACCCACCUUAACCUUUCCUACAAUCCCAUCAGCACUAUCGAAGUAGGCAUGUUCUCUGAUCUAAUUCGCCUUCAGGAGCUUCAUAUAGUGGGGGCUCAGCUCCGUUCCAUUGAGCCUCAUUCCUUCCAAGGGCUCCGCUUCCUUCGUGUGCUCAACGUGUCUCAGAAUCUGCUGGAAACUUUGGAAGAGAGUGUCUUCUCUUCUCCGAGGGCUUUGGAGGUCCUGAGCAUCAAUAAUAACCCACUGGCCUGUGACUGCCGUCUCCUCUGGAUCCUUCAGCGACAGCCCACCCUGCAGUUUGGUGGCCAGCAACCCAUGUGCGCAGGUCCGGACACCAUCCGUGAAAGGGCAUUCAAGGAUUUCCAUAGCACUGCCCUUUCUUUUUACUUUACCUGCAAAAAACCCAAAAUCCGUGAAAAGAAGUUACAGCACCUACUGGUGGAUGAAGGGCAAACCGUGCAGUUAGAAUGCAAUGCGGAUGGAGAUCCACAGCCUGUGAUUUCCUGGGUGACUCCGCGAAGGCGUUUUAUCACCACCAAGUCCAAUGGAAGAGCCACUGUAUUGGGUGAUGGCACCCUGGAAAUUCGAUUUGCCCAAGAUCAAGACAGUGGGAUGUAUGUUUGCAUCGCAAGCAAUGCUGCUGGCAAUGAUACCUUCACAGCCUCUCUAACUGUGAAAGGAUUCACUUCAGACCGCUUCCUUUACGCAAACAGGACCCCUAUGUAUAUGACCGACUCCAAUGACACCAUUUCCAAUGGCACCAAUGCCAAUACGUUUUCCCUGGACCUUAAAACAAUACUGGUGUCUACAGCUAUGGGCUGCUUUACAUUCCUGGGAGUGGUUUUAUUUUGUUUUCUCCUCCUUUUUGUGUGGAGCCGAGGGAAAGGCAAACACAAAAACAGCAUUGACCUUGAGUAUGUGCCCCGAAAAAAUAAUGGUGCUGUUGUGGAAGGGGAGGUGACCGGCCCCAGGAGGUUCAACAUGAAAAUGAUUUGAGGGGCUACCGCUAGUACUACCGUCUCUGUGUCAUUGUUGGUAAUCAGUAAGACAGUCUGGAAUGAUGAUUUAUGAAGUGAAAGAGGCAGCAUGUGCGGCUGCUUCUAUGUCAAAGCAGGGUCCUUGGAAGCAGGAGGACUUCUCGUGGAGACUUUCCAUGUAGGGGCAGGCAGGAACGUGGCGGAGUCCUUUACACAGUGGGUUACUAAUUGUUUGCAUUGCAAAUAUUGGCAUUCUGGGGAUCUCAGUAAUGAACCUGAAUCUUUGGCUCAUGCUCACGGACAAUUCAGCAUUUUCUACCA